GUCUUGGAGAAAGCGGAUAUUCUAGUGUGUCAAAAAGGAAAGCAUAAGGAACUGGAUCAUAAUGAACAGCCGAGGACUCCGCUCGCAGCUGAAGGACAGCGUCCCGGUGGCCGGGCUGAGUCCGCAGGGAGCCUACGGGGUGCAGGACUCCCUCCGCAGCGGCUUCACCAGUGUGAAGAAUGAGCUUCUUCCAAGCCACCCUCUGGAGCUGUCAGAAAAAAAUUUCCAGCUCAACCAGGACAAGAUGAACUUCUCGACGCUACGAAACAUCCAAGGUCUUCACGCUCCUCUCAAACUGCAGAUGGAGUUCAGGGCGGCGAGACAGAUCCAGCGCCUGCCUUUCCUGCGGAGUUCAAACCUGGCUCUUGACACGCUGCGAGGGAGUGACGAGUCCAUCGGGUUUGAGGACUUCCUCAACGAUCCAGCCCAAAGUGAAGUGAUGGGCGAACCACACAUGAUGGUGGAGUACAAACUGGGACUGUUGUGAAUUUAAACACGCACAAAUAUACAUGAAUAUUUAGGUUGUUCUCUGUGUAUUUUUGAUGAUUGGUUCCAUAAACAGACAUUAAAACAGAUUUUGGAGACUCUGUCAAAUGUUGUUGUUGUUUUUUUUGACCAGAUGAGCUUUGUGUGAUAUUUGGUUGAUAUUUCUAAUAAAUUCCAAAACUU